UUUCCAUCCCACGAUUAUAUUACGCACAACAUAUUGCGUGUUACAUGUAUACAAAAGUAGCACGAGAAAACAUUGAGAACGAUGAAAGUUGUGAAUUAUUUUGUGUAAUUUGGUCUUGUAAUUGCCUUGACUUUUUCUCAAAUUUUUAUUUUAUACCAUUUUUUUUAAAAGUUUAUGAUUUUAUCAUCGACCAAAUUAUACAACCAAAAAUAUAAUAUAUACAAAUAAACUACAUAUUAUUUUGGUUCUUUAUUUUUACAAAUAAGAAAGAUAAAAAGUAUCUGUUUUCUCAAGAGUUAUCAGUGAUGAUGAAGGCAAGUGGAAGAAACUUAAGGUCUGGCAAGACGUCAACCAACAGAACAUCUAAUAAGAUUAAUAAAUCUACGAUAAAAUCUGAUACUGCAAUGACAAAUAAAAAGACAGCUAUGAAAACCUUAAGAUCAACAUCUAAAAAAUCUGAUUUAAUCAAAAUAGAAAUGAUUAAAGGGAAAGAAGAGAAAGAGAUUGUAUCAAGAUCUAAAAGAAAAAGUACUACUGAAACUAGAAGUACAAAACGCAUAGUUUUAAGUAGUAAGAAAAAAGCAAACAUUCCAGAGGGAGUGAAGCUAAAAAAUAAGACAUCAAGUUUUCGACAAAUGUCUCUAAAAGAAUCCUUUUCAAAUCAGGAGGCUUUGUCCAAACGACUUCGUCCAAGAAAAGAGUGUAGGAAUUAUUGCGAGGAUUCUGUGUUACAGCAAACAAAUAUUGUAUCUCAGCAGCAAAAAGAUACAGAAUUAAAAAAUGAACCAGCAGUGAGUGAUAAGUUAAAGUUGCCUGUGUAUAAAUCUGUGAAACUUAAUGAAGAAUCUUUAAGAAAUAUGAGUGAUAUAUAUGAUUUUAAAUUUGAUGAGAAUGACUCUAAAGAAAAAUUGACAGGGAAAAGAAAAAGACGUAUCGUUAAUCGUGUGGGACAAAAGAGAGUAAAAAAAACUAAACGUCCUAGACAGAAAAAGGUAGCAAGAGUGGUUAUAGAAAGAUUGUCAAGUGAUAUAAUAUCGUUAUGUACUAAAGAGAAAAUUGAAGAUAAUAAUGAACAAAAGCAUGUGUUAUUACCUUCUACUGAUAUUGUAGAGAAAUCUGAAGGUGACAUUGAAGAUCAAAAUGAAUUACUGCCAACUGCUGAUAAUAACAAAUUUGAAGCUGAAUCUAAUAAUGUGCAAAAUUUAGAAGCGAAUCAAUCACUAUCAACACAAGCUGAAGAUACGAAAAAGCAUCCAGAGAUUACUGUAUCAAAACCUACUGUAAUUCCUAUCGAAAACCUUAAUAAUAAUGAAAUUUUGUUACUUGAUACGCCAUUAAAAUCAAAGCCAGAUAAUUUUGCUCCAUUUAGAAAAACUAGUAUCUUUUGUAAUAGAAUUAAGUCACAUCAAGAAAAUACGAUAAAUGAUUCUUUAAUUAGUAAGUCUUUGUCACCGAUUAAAAAAACAUCCGUAAAUUUUGAUGUAGGUAGUCCUUGGAGAUUAUCAUCGUUGAAUACUUUUUCUCAAGUGAAGAAUCUAUUCCAAAGUACGCCACAACCUAGGACACUGGAGAUAUUACAAGGUAAAAUUAAACAAAGUACAAAAGAUCAAGCUACAAAAUGCUUGGAGACUAUUAAAAAGAAUGACGUAUCAGAAAUAAUUAAUGAAGAUAUAAACAGGCAAAAAACUUGUGAAAAAUUUAAUUACGUAAACAGGAAAGUUGGACAAGCCAUUAGGAAAUUUGGCACAGAGAUUACAAAUUUAGAUAAUUCUGUAUCAAUAAACAACAAUACUGUGAUUACUGAGCAGUACGAAGAAAUGGCAAAUAAUAAAGAAUUAAGAGUUUCAAAUAAGGAUUUGCAGAAUACAACUGGAAUACAAGGAUUACAGAAUACUACAUCAAUGGAUUCUUCCACGUUCAACGAUACAACAGAAGAUAAAGAAAAUGCUGCUCCUAAAUCUCCUUCAAAAUCUAAGAAAUUUUUAAGAAACAGAUUGAGAAAAGUUACAGAUACAAAUUCUUCUCCUUUACGUAAAAAAAGACAUAUAAAGGAUAAGGAAAAUUCAAAUAUACAAUCACUAUUAGUUAGUACACAAACAUUUAAUCGCAGUGGUUCUUUGCCACACGGUCAAGAAGAAAAGCAGGAGCAAAGUACGGAAAUUUUUGAACCCCAACCAGGACCGUCGGGCUUGCAAAAAUUUAAAUCUCCGAGUCAAAAACCGCUACAACAAACAAAUUUAAAUGCUUUCUUAAACAUAACGGAAAUGCCUCAGAGUACUAGAAUAAAUACGGCUCAUGGUAUUUUCGGUGAUGCACAAUCUACGCCUAUUAGCGGUAAACCCAUUAAGUCUAUUAAAACGAUAAACGAUACAAAACAUAUGGGAUUGGAUAAUGCUUUUGGAUUUAACGAAGAUAUUGGCGAUACGAUCUUAGAUAUAUCACCAAUUUAUUCUGAUUUAACGAGUAACGAUGUACAAGAUAAAAAUAUUUUGAAAACGAAUGUAGAAGAAACGAAAAGAAAGUCGGCAUUUCCUAUGAGAUAUUCACUAAAAGAAAUAAAAAAAGAUACCGUGCCAAAAAAAGUAAAGGUUGGCGAGAACAACGAAAAAGGUAAAGCAGAAGAACCUUUACCCGAGACGAAAAAUAAGCUCAUAGAUACAGCCGCUUUUUCGGAUACUUUCGAUGUUUUGGGAGAAGUAAAAGAAGUAAAGAAUGACUCAGUAGAUAUAUCAUUGUUUACCGAUCUCGAGCCUACUCACUUUACACAGCCUCCUACGCGUUCGUACAAGAGGAAACGUAAAGUCAGAUUUAAUUUCAAUGAAAGCGACAGCGAGGAAGACGAAGAAAAUAAUAUUCACGCAACAGAGAAAAAAAGAAAAAAACAUGGAAAAUUGAAGGAACACGAAGUACGCAGAAUGGAAGAAUGGGUCAAAAGUAUCAACGAAACUUUCCAAGAGAUCGAUCAUCACGAAUUGGUGGUGGAAUAAAGUAUACAAAAGUGGGAUCAAUUAUUAUAAUAUCUUUAUUUUCAUAUAAUGUAUAAUUUCUUUAUCGUCGUUUUAUCGUAGGGUCCUAUUUUAUUUUUUUUUAUCACCCAAUUUUUACAACGUAUCGCGUAAGGUUUUAUAAUUAUUUUAGUUGUAAAUGUAUAUGUAUACAUAAUUUAUCACACUUCAUAUUUUCCUAGGUCCCUCGUUGUUUAUACAUUACUAUACUAUUGUAAGAUUACGUAGAAAGCUUAAAAAUGAUAUUAAUAUAUUUAUAUCUGUUGAAAGUAA